AUGACCCUGCUAUCUGCAUUGGGUCUGUGGGGGCCCCCGGAGCAUCCAGAGGUUCCUGAGGAGCCGCUAGUGGUGCUGCUGCACCCAGAAAGCCAGAGGGGUGUAUGCCCUGGGCGGCUUCCGUGCACUCAGGACUUUACGCAGCUCUCUCGGCAGCAGCAGCAGCAACAGCUGAAGUGGUCCCAACAGUCGGAGGCGGAGGAUACCAGUCUUUUUUACCAACAAAGGAGGGGUUCGCUGCUUUCCGCUGCUAGCCAAGAUAAUACUGCGUCUACUGCGCCUCCCCAGCAGCUGCCGCAGCAGUACCGGCAACGACUGCUGCCCCUGUGGGAGAAGCUCUGCGAAGAUUCGCAGCUGUCAUCACAGCAGCAGCAGGCAUACACGUGGACGGUAGAAGACUUUGCUGCAGCAGCAGCACACGCCGGGGAGACCCAAGUGGACAGCGAUCCACAACCGAAUACAACAGAGCCAGCAGCAGCAGCAGCACCUGUCAAGAAUGCCCAGGUGGACAGAGGCUCAGCACCGCAUGCAGCAGAUGCAGCACAUGCAGCGGAGACAGUUGCAGUAGCAACGGAAUAUGACAGCGACUCCCAAGCGACCGUUGUGCUCGAAGCCUCAAGCGUACCGCAGACCAGCGAGCUACAGCACGGACUAGCACAGGAAUCUCGAGCAGAGCCGCUCACUCGAGUAACAGCCACAGCAACAGCAGGAAGGUCACCAGAAGAAGACGCGUCUGCAUCCCAUGUUGAAGCGCAAGCAUCGUUAUCAGCAGCACAAGCGGUAGUAAACGCCGCGGAAAGGUCACAAAAGUGCGUUUUCUCCACAAGAGCAGGAAUAUCACCAACAACAACAUCAGCAGAGGCACAAACACCAGAAUCUCCACGGGCACCAUCAGAAGCAGAAAGCACAAGACAGCAUUCUGAUAGUGCUGCUGGCGCCUCGGAUUUUGCUCCUGCCCCCGUAGAUGGAAUAGAAGCCAAAAUUACAGGAGAGCCCAUUCAGGAGCAGCAGUACCCACAAGAGCAACAACAGCGGCAGCAGCAGCAAGAGCAGCAGCAGGGCCUGUCUCCCUUUGCAUUGAGUGCAUCCGACUGGGAGGAUCUGGAUGUAGCCCUAGAUGUGGCCCUCUCUCAAGCAAAAGAACAGAGCCAAGUGAUUAAUGAGGCUGCAUCAGCUGCCGCGGGUACCGUUUCUGAUGCUCAUAGAAACAGAGGCUACAACACACCAGGGGCUCCAGUGUCAUGCAAACAAACUCAGGGAUUCCAACGCUCAAGGGACCGUCAGCAGCAGGAAGCCUGGCCUAGUAGCAGCUCGUCAACGCCUAUCAAGCGCCUCGCUGCCUCGCACGGCAGCUCAGCCUCCUGGGCUCCCCCUGCGGGUGAGGGCCCUACGCCAUCUCCUCCCAAGCAGCAGAAGACGUGCCUGAGUGGAAAUAUGCGGCAGGAGGCUCCGCAGCAGCAAAUGGAACAGCAGCAGCUAAACUGUGGGUGGCCACAGCGCCAGCAGCAACUAGCCAGCAGCAGCAGCAGCAGCAAUGACUGGUUGUCGGAUGCAAAGUUCGUGCAGCAGUUACUGAGCCCUGAGGAUGUGGCCCAGAUGUUUAGUGAAGAAACGGAUGCCUUAGACUGGGCAGCGGUCUCUUAA